GGGAGAUGCGGGAGGUGCGGGGUCGGUGUCGGUCCAGCAGGGAUGGGGGGGUCCGGACCGCGCUGGAACCCCCCCGGUGCUGCCCGCGGGGUGACUCCCACGCUCCCCUCCCACCCCCCCGGUGUCUCUCUGCUAAUGGGUGCAGAUGCCCCCGCACACGGUGACAUCCCGGGGGUGUCCCCGCACUCCUGGGGACAUUUCCCGGGCGCACAGAUGCCCGCGUCCCCACAGCCCCGCGGUGCCAUGUCCGCCCGACCCCGGGGCUGUCCCAGCAUCAGGCCGAGGCGUGCAGGGUUAUUUUUGGGCAGUGUCGUGGCAGUGCCAGGGGCCCCAGUCACGGGGGCGGCCACCCCCGCAUCGCCCGCAUUCCCGCAGCACACGGGGAGCAGCGGCACGGCACGGCCCGGCUCCGCACGGCCCAUCCGCUGGCUGCAGAUCGGCAGAGAUGUCUGGAGGCAUCUUCUCCCCCCUGGGGACCUGCUCGGAGCUGGAGAAGGCCAACUGCCACCCACUGGUGUGCCUGCUCUGCCAGGAGCCCUACCAGCACCCCUGCCUGCUCGACUGCUACCACAACUUCUGUGCCAGCUGCUUGCGGGGCCGUGCCAGCGACGGGCGCCUGCGCUGCCCUCUCUGCGGGCACCCCUCGGUGGUAAGGGGGGGCACGGGGCUGCCCCCCGUGGACAGGCUCCUGCAGUUCCUGGUGGACAGCUCGGCUGACGGCGAGGAGGAUGUGCACUGUGCCAACUGUGACCGCCGCUGUGCCAAGGCGGAGCUGGACACCAUGUACUUCUGCAACACCUGUGGGCAGCCCCUCUGUGCCCCGUGCCGUGAGGAGACUCACCGUGCCAAGAUGUUUGCCCGCCACGAGAUUGUCUCCCUCUCCAAACGCACCAAGGACAUCCACAAGAAGUGCCCACUGCAUGAGGAGCCCUACAUCAUGUUCUCCACGGAGAAGAAGUCCAUGCUCUGCAUCAACUGCUUCAGGGACAUGCAGGGGGAGAGCCGGGCACACUGCAUCGACAUCGAGACGGCGUACAUGCAGGGCUGCCAGCGGCUGGACCAGGCGGUGAUGGCUGUGAAGGAGCUGCAGACGUCCACACGUGAGGCCAUCGUCCUGCUGAAGGCCAUGAUCGAGGAGGUGCGGAACAGCGCCAGCGAGGAGGAGGCAGCCAUCAACUCCCUCUUCAGCCGUAUGCAGGAGCAGCUCUCUGAAAGGAAAAAGGCACUUCUGAAAGCUGUGCAGAGCCAGCACGAGGAAAAGGAGAAGGCAUUCAAGGAGCAGCUCGCCCACCUUGCCUCACUGCUGCCCACCCUGCAGGUCCACCUGGUGACCUGCUCAGCCUUCCUGAGCUCUGCCAACAAAGCUGAGUUCCUGGACCUGGGAUAUCAACUGAUGGAGAGGCUGCAGCGUAUCGUCAAGCUGCCACACCGCCUGCGGCCAGCCCAGACCAGCAAGAUCAACAGCGAGUACCGAGCCGAGUUUGCCCGCUGCCUGGAGCCCCUCCUGAUGCUCAGCCCCCGCCGUUCCCUGGUGGGCAGCGCUGGUGGCAUCGGUCCCGGCAUGGCUGGCACCAACAUGCUCCCUGGUGGCCAAUGCUCCAAGACCCUGAUGGUGCCCAGCUGCCCCUCUGCUGAUGAUAAGAUGUCCACCAGCCCCAUGGUGCGGAAGCCGACGAUGCACCGGUACAUCAGCACCAAGGUCCUGCUGGCUGAGGGGCGCGAGACCCCCUUCGCCGAGCACUGCCGCAACUAUGAGAACACCUACAGGAUGCUGCAGACAGAGAUCCAGGGCCUGAAGGACCAGGUGCAGGAGCUGCACCGUGACCUCACCAAGCACCACUCACUUAUUAAGACAGAGAUCAUGAGUGAGAUCCUGCAGAAGUCCCUGCAGAUGGACGUGCAGAUUGCUGCGCACUACUCGGCUGUGGAGAUGAUGCGCAGUGUCUUUGAGGAGGUCUGGGAGGAGACAUACCAGCGGGUGGCCAACGAGCAGGAGAUCUAUGAAGCUCAGCUCCACGACCUGCUGCAGCUGCGGCAGGAGAACAGCUGCCUGACCACCAUCACCAAGCAGAUCGCUCCCUACGUCCGCUCCAUCGCCAAGGUGAAGGAGCGCCUGGAGCCCAGGCUGCAGGAGCCCUGGGAGCCCAGGGAAGAACCGGCCCAGAUGCUGCUCAAGAUCUGUGAUGAAAGUGAAGCAGCUCCAAGGGACACCUCACCCAGUGGCAAAGAGGGGGAUCCAGCCAGCCCUGGGGAGGGCUGCAGCCCUGGAGACCCCUCCCCAAAAAGCAAAGAGUGCCACAGGGGCCAGCAGAGCAGUGGGGCUGACGGGGCUGCCCGGAAAGAGCCGACACCAUAAAGCAAGUGCACAAAGCUGCCUGGCACUUGCUGUGCCCUGGCUGCUGCCUGUCCCCUCUUUGCCAUGUGCCACGCACAAAAGCAGAAAAACACCCUGUGCAUGAAGCAUCUGCAGCACAUUAAAAGCCUGGCAUGGGGUGUGACUGUUCAUCAGAAAAUAUAAUUGUUGUUAUACUUUCCUCCUCGUGUGUUAAAAAUGAAAUAAAAGGGCACAAGUGCACA